UAGCCACGCUCGCGUUAUAAGAAAAUGACAGAUCAACGCUGACGGAAGCAAACCAGCUGCGGGGGCUGUGGGGGAGUUUAAUUAAUGAUUAUUCAAGCGUCAUCGUGUCGGAACGUUAAUGCGCGUUAAUGCACACGGCGGUGGCUCGACGAUGUCACGCAUUUACUGAUAACGCACGAUUGUGCGUUGUUUUUGAUACAUAACCCUCGACCGUUUUUUUCUUGGUAGUCGUUCCUUUGUGUGACAGGCAGGAUAAGGACUCGUAGGACGCAGGACGCUUGUGUGAGCAGGUAUGAUAUCGCCGUAUCAGAUAAUCAAUUAAUGCAUAUCAUAUCUGACCUUGUUUCUGAUCCGUAUAAGCAACAAUGUCUUUGCAUAUCACAUUGACGAUCCUAUCUCUCUUCUCUGCUGCGUUUGCCUCUGUGAUACAUCAUCAGCCGGAAGCUGUACACCUUUCCUACGGUGACAACAUUCAUGACAUUGUCGUCACUUGGAGCACAAGAAAUGAUACAGAAGAGUCAAUAGUGGAGUAUGGUAUAGGUGGAUUCAUUCUGCGAGCGGAAGGAAAUUCUACUCUUUUCGUCGAUGGUGGACAUAAGAAACGAGAACAGUACAUCCACAGAGUGUGGCUGAAGAAUUUAACGCCCAACAGCAAAUACAUAUAUCAUUGCGGUAGCCGUUAUGGAUGGUCAAAUGUGUUCUACAUGAGAACCGCACCAGAGGCUUCUGCAGAUUGGUCGCCGCAAAUAGUUAUCUUUGGCGAUAUGGGCAACGAGAAUGCGCAGAGUUUGUCGCGAUUGCAAGAGGAGACGGAGCGUGGCUUGUACGACGCUGCCAUACAUGUUGGCGAUUUCGCUUAUGACAUGAAUACGGAUGACGCACGUGUGGGAGACGAGUUUAUGCGGCAAAUCGAAUCCGUUGCCGCUUACAUACCGUAUAUGACCGUACCUGGCAACCACGAAGAGAAAUUUAAUUUUAGCAAUUAUAGGGCCCGAUUUACUAUGCCAGGCGAUUCAGAAGGCUUGUGGUACAGCUUUAAUAUAGGUCCUGUACAUUUUGUAGCUAUAGAAACUGAGGCUUAUUACUUCAUGAAUUAUGGUAUAAAGCAAAUGGUUAAACAGUAUGAAUGGUUGGAUAAAGAUCUGCGUGAAGCUAAUAAACCUGAAGCAAGAGCGCGACGUCCGUGGAUAGUAACAUUUGGACAUAGGCCAAUGUAUUGCAGCAAUAAAAAUGCAGACGAUUGUACGAACCAUCAGAGUCUGGUUAGAGUUGGAUUACCGUUUUUAAAUUGGUUUGGAUUGGAGGAUCUGUUUUUCAAGCAUAAAGUCGAUUUAGAAAUCUGGGCGCACGAACACAGUUACGAAAGGAUGUGGCCCAUGUACAACUUUCAGGUGUACAACGGUAGUUACGAAGAACCAUAUACAAAUUACAAAGCACCUGUACACAUAGUUACUGGAUCAGCUGGUUGCAAGGAAGGUCGAGAGAGCUUUAUUCCAAACUCACCGGAAUGGUCCGCAUUUCGUAGCUCAGAUUAUGGAUACACAAGAAUGAAAGUGUUCAACAAAACUCAUUUAUAUCUAGAACAGGUGUCCGAUGAUAAGGAUGGUGCUGUUUUAGACAGAGUUUGGCUCGUGAAAGAGAAACCUUUGCCACAAUAUGUAGAAGUUUCUUCUGCAAAUUAAUGUGAUAAUAUAAUUAAAUUUAAUUUUAAUUAACGCCGUAUUACAAAAUAACAAUUGACACAAAAUAGAGAUUAAAAACAUCUGUCAACUAAACUGUUUUAGUGAAUAAGAACUUUCUUUUACUUCGACUGUGUAUUAUACGUAUAAUUAUAUAAUUGUAAUUCGAAUUUGGUACACAUUUUAUGUAACUGGACAUACCACGGUCGAAAUGUAUACAUGAACAAUAAAAUAUGUGAUAUUUA